AGAAUCCUCGACGCCGGGCUUGGGGCGGGGUCCAUGCAAAUCGGUGUCUCCUCCGAGGGGCCCAUAGUGAUACACUGGAUUCGGAGGCAGUCCCGGCGGGGUACCAGGAGCUCCUAGUCUGUGGGCCUGCCUGCCUGUCCGUCCGUCCCGCCCCCUCACCACCCCCCGGACCUUCCUGAGAGGGAAGGAUCGACCAACCCAGCCCCAGAGAGCAGCAAGGACCAGGAACAUCCCUCCCCCCAGGCUGGGCCAUGGGGAAAGGCAACAGCAAGCUGGCCCCGGAGGUGCUGGAGGACCUUGUGCAGAGCACCGAGUUCAGCGAGCAGGAGCUGAAACAGUGGUACAAGGGCUUCCUGAAGGACUGUCCCAGUGGCAUCCUCAACCUGGAGGAGUUCCAGCAGCUAUAUGUGAAGUUUUUCCCCUAUGGUGAUGCCUCUAAGUUUGCCCAGCAUGCUUUCCGCACCUUUGACAAGAAUGGGGACGGGACCAUUGACUUCCGGGAAUUCAUCUGUGCCCUGUCAGUCACCUCUCGUGGCAGCUUUGAGCAGAAACUCAACUGGGCCUUUGAGAUGUAUGACCUGGAUGGGGAUGGCCGUAUCACCCGCCUGGAGAUGCUGGAGAUCAUUGAGGCGAUCUACAAGAUGGUAGGAACGGUUAUCAUGAUGCGCAUGAACCAGGACGGGCUGACCCCUCAGCAGCGUGUGGACAAGAUCUUCACCAAGAUGGAUCAGGAUAAGGAUGACCAGAUUACCCUGGAGGAGUUCAAGGAGGCCGCCAAGAGUGACCCAUCCAUUGUACUCCUGCUGCAAUGUGACAUGCAGAAGUAGGGGGGGCCCUACCCUGGGCCUCCCCCUCCCCAGGGCCUCCAGGGGUCCUUAACCCCUCUGCUCCGGGCACCCCUGUGCCCUAUCCUGGGCCUCCCUGUCCCCAGGGCCUCCAGGGGUCCUAACCUCCUAUGUCCAGGGCAUGCCUGUGUCCUACCCUGGGCCUUCCUGUCCCCAUAGCAUCCCUGUGUCCUACCCUGGGCCUCCCCCUCCCCAGGGACUCCAAGGGUCUUAACCCCCUCUGCCCCAGGCACCCCUGGCCCUAUCCUAGGUCUCCCUUUCCCCUGGGCCUCCAGAGCUCCCAACCCCCUCUAUCCAGGGCACCUCUGUGCCCUACCCUGGGCCUCCCCCUCACCAAGGCUUCCAGGGAUCCUAACUCCCUCUGUCCCAGGCACCCUUGGCUCUACCCUGAGCCUCCCCAUCCCCAAGGCAUCUCUGUGUCCCAGCCCCCUCUGCCCAGGGCAUCCCUGUGUCCUAUCUUCCUUUUGCCCUCCAGAGCCUCCCAGUUUCCUACCCUCCUCUGUCCUGGACCUUCUUUUCCCCAGUUUUCCAAUGUUGCACACUUUUUGGCCCCAGGUCUCUCCCACCUUGGGGCC